ACAUCGUUUUUUUUUGUUUUUUUUUUCGUCGCUCGCUUUUGUGGUACGGUGCGUCGGCGCCGACGGGCGAUACGGUCGCGGCGUUCUCAGGCAAGCCUUUCGGCGGCGGCGCGUUCGGCCAGGGCUCCCCCCCGAAACCCGGAUUGCGACUUUCUGAGCGGCGCUCGCGGAAGAAUGCUUCGGUCUCGAGCUGCCCGGAAGCUCGUCGUGGACGACGCGUGAUGCGGGGCUCGACUCGGGCCUCCUGGAGCCCCACGCUUCCCAUGUGAUCCGCUCCAUGGGGAAUCCGCAGGCGUCGCCGGUCGCGCUCUGCCUGGCGUGCGGCGUGCUCCUGGCCUUGCCCCUCGCCGGCUCGGACAGCAACGGAACCGAGGCGAUCGCCAACGAUGUACGGAACUGGGCGUGGCGGUUCGGCACCGAAAUCUCCAAUCAGAGUUUAUUUGCGUCGAAUUUCACCGAGAUUAAAGAGAAUUUCGAAGAGUUCAAGGCCAAACCACACUACAAGGACAUUGCCGUGCUCACGGAGAAGAUGCUCAGGGACUUGGGCAACCUGGUCAGCUCCAAGACGGAAUCGCUUAAGGUCCUGAUCCAGGAUGCUGAAAAGCACGCCAAAGACCACAAGUAUAGCACCGAUAUUGAUUUUCGCUACUUCAACGCCAAGAAGUUGUACAAGCCUAACACGGUGCCCAAGAUCCCGGAGGACGAAGAUCCCGACGACUGGAUGCCCAUGGAACUGCACCAAGACAGACGCUUUGACGACGCAGACGUAAACUUCACCUACAGCACCAUUCACGUGGCCACCAACAUCUACAGCAAGGCCGCAUCGGUGCUGAACGCCAUCAAGUGGUCCGAAGGCAUGAAUUCCCGCUUCAAGAACAACCGCGUGGUUGACCCAUUCAUCUCCUGGCAGUUCUUCUGCAGUAGCACUGGGUUCAUCAGACUCUUUCCUGCAAUGAAAUGGCCGGAACAGGAGCCCGACAUGUACGAAUGCCGCACGCGACAAUGGUAUGUCCAGGCUGCCGCGUCGUCGAAAGACGUGGUCAUUCUGCUGGACGGGAGCGGAUCCAUGAUGGGGCUGCGCAAGGAGAUUGCUCGCAACGUCAUCGUCAACAUCCUCGACACCCUCACGGACAAUGACUACGUCAGCAUACUGCGGUUCUCGGACGUGAUCGAACCUGUUGUAUCUUGCUUCCACUUCAACCUGGUGCAAGCCAAUGCCAGAAACAUCAGGGAAUUCAAAGAAAACCUAAGCAAACUGGAGACGGUGAACAUUGCCAACUUCACGGCAGCGCUCACGCAGGCCUUCGAAAUCCUGCAACUGUACAACAAGUCUAAACUGGGCAGCCAAUGCAACCAAGCCAUCAUGCUGAUCACGGACGGCGCACCGUACAACUACGAGGAGAUCUUCAGGCACUACAACUGGCCCAACAUCCCGGUGCGUGUGUUUACCUACCUGAUUGGUCGGGAGGUGACGGACACCCGGGAGGUGAACUGGAUGGCCUGCGCUAACCGAGGUUACUACACGCACGUGACCACUCUAGCAGAAGUUCGAGAGCAAGUACAGAAGUACGUCCCCGUGAUGGGGCGGCCCAUGGUGCUUGCCAGGAAGCAUCCCAUAAUUUGGACCUCCGUUUACGGUGACAUGACGGAGCCCAGGCUGACCGACUGGCUCUGGGAGGAGCGCGAGCAGCUCAAGAUACGUAAGCUGAUUCUGCAGCAGCGCCUGCUCCGCAAGAAGCAGCCCGACCGAACGCCCGCCUACUACGCCGAGACCGAGCCGGUAUCCGGAGAUAACUCGGCCGAGUACGCCAAUGCCGAGCCCUACGGCCCCACGACGGCCAGGAAGCAGACGCGCUCUGCGUCAGCCGAAGCCCUACGACGCCCAGCCAAGAGAAAAACAGUACAGCUGUACACGACGGUGGCUGCUCCAGUCUUCAACACCAGUAACGACACUGCUGGCACCGCGAACCUACUUGGGGUAGUGGCCAUCGACGUUCCUCUGCGAGAAUUUCAGAAGCUAGCCCAUCCCUUCAAGCUGGGUGUCAACGCCUACUCUUUCAUGAUCAACAAGAACGGACACAUUAUUUUUCAUCCUGACCACCGCCCCAUGUACAAGGAUAUGCUUAAACCGUACUACAGCAAUGUCGAUCUGCUAGAGGUGGAGCUUUUGGACAACGAAACUGCAGAUAGACUGUUCAACCAUGUGUUUGCCGAGAUAAGAAAAAACAUGAUUGACGGCAGAAGAGGCUGGAUGGAGUUCCUACCUAUGAGAGUUCAUCUCGACGAAAUGAGAAGAGUGGUGACAAGGCGCCACAACUACCAAUAUGGCUCCGUUCCAAACAGUGCAUUCUCGUUUGGAAUCGCUGUUCCCCAACCAUAUGGCUCCACCGAAGUCUUGGGCGAGGUAGAGGUUCAAUCAAGAGAAGAGGACUGGAGGAAGUACUUUGAGGGAGACAACUGGAGGGUUCAUCCUGACUGGGAGUACUGCGUGGACAUCCACAGCACGUACGAAACCCCCGAGACAAUAAUCACGGACUUCUUGGAGCGAGUCAUGAAGGAACCUUCCGAGGCAUCGUCGGAGCGUUUCAAGUGGAAGCCCGACUCCAAGCGACAGUUCUACAACACCAUGGUCUGCGACAAGGAGCUGGUGCAAAGCUUGGUGUUCGAUGCCAAGGUGACCAGCCCCGAGAAGAUCAUGGCCCGCCAGCCUUCCAAGCAGCUCUACUCUCAUGUUUCCAAAGACACGACUUUCAAGAGCAACGGCAUCGUGAUGACCUUUGUGGCGACGCGGAGCGGUCUUCUGCGCUUCACGGACCAUAGGAGCGAAGAGGAAAAGAACAGUAACUCAGAAAGGCCUUUCUACGAGGUUCACACAAGAGCAAUAGACGAGCUGUUCUACCGACGUGCGGUAGACUUCCACCAGAUCGGCAACACGUCCUUCAUCUACUCUGUGCCCUUCGACGCAGGUGCUCGGUACGCUGCGAAUGACAACAGUCCAAUCUAUGUGACGGGCAGCCGUGCGAUCUUCCUGGGCACGGACAAGAAGGCUCCUGCCGCCGUUGUGGGUUUGCAGAUUAAGCAUUCCGUCUUCGAGGAGAAGUUCCUCAACAUAUCCUCUAAGUGUGAAAACCAGAAGCCCUGCCUCUACACCUGUGGAAAUGAGGCUCUCGACUGCUUUCUCUUGGAUAACAAUGGAUUUGUGAUAGUAUCCAGCAAUCGUACUCAGGUUGGAAAGUUCUUCGGUGAGGUCGACAACACGCUGUUCAUAUCUAUGGUCAAGUACAAUGUAUACAAGAGGGUUAGGAUUUAUGACUACCAGGCAAUAUGCAAGGACAAGAUCGUACCGUCGGGACCGGCUAACUUCCGAACUAGCCCUUUUCAUACCCUGUGGAGAGCGCUGGGCUGGGUUUGGAAGAAGCUCGUCAUGCUUGUAAUCCACUUCGAGGUCUACAACCUGUUUCGCCUGGAGUGGAUCAUUGCAUCAAGCGACUACAGCGACUACGGGGACUACCCGGCGGAAGAGUCGAUCCCGAUCCCGAGCAAGACGAGGCCGCGGCCGUGCGACAUGGAGAUCGACCUGUACGAGAUGCAGCCCAUGGAGCCCGAGCCAAUUAAGGGCAAGCUCUCCAAGUGCAGCGACCGCAGCUGCGACAAGCAGUUCAUAGUCCAGUCGGUGCCCUCGAGCAACCUGGUGAUGCUGGUGGUGUUCACGGACUGCAACUGCUCCAGUCAGCCCACACCCCUGCAGCCCAAGGAGGUGGUGCCAGACGAGGCCAUCUUCUGCAACCAGAGCUCCCUGCCCCGCAUGCGCCCGGACGUCUGCAUCAACUACCACGCCGAAGAAGUGGAACUGAAACAACAGUGUGGCCGAGGCCAUAGCCUCCAGGGAUCCGUCAACCCGCUGCUUUUUCUGUCGUUACUGCUUGCAAUCUCCUCGUCCUGCUCUUGGGUAUGAACCGCCGACUUCUUGCCGACCUGCCGGCCGACCUGCUGGCCUACUGCCGAAUUGGCCCCGAUGCUUCAAGGUUCGUGACGACCGUGAUCCCGGGAUCGUCCCCUCGCUGUGUGCCUCCGACUGCUUCUUCGGAACUCCGCACCGCCACGAGAGAGAAGCAAGGCUCCGUCGCCAGAGGAAAGAGAAUCUCCAGUGGUGCAAACCCCCUUGGAACUCGGCCACUUCGAAGCGGCACCAUCCCGUGCGAAGCGCGCCAACUCCGUAAUUUAUUUUCAACCCCGCUCCUUGCCCCCAAGAUUCCCGAAGGACUGUGGUUUAGGUGUGUGUGUGUGUGUGCGUGGUGGUGCAAGCGGAAGAUGCAAUGGCUGCCAAACUCGACUUCCUUUCUUCCCUCGUUUAUUUUUUCGAGGACAGAAAGACGUGCAAUGAUUCCCGACCCCGGCCCAGUUUUGUCAAAAAGACGAUAGUUUCCGGUGACGAAACGGAAGGGCGGAAAAUGCGUUGUUCGAGGCUGGAAGAAAUGUUUGUGCAGCGGUGCCGUUGGAUAAACACACGCGGAUGCAACACAGCUUGGUUUUAACGUGUCGCCGCGUAGAACAUGCGUCGAGAGUCGUAUCCGUGGUUUGUUUCUCUUUCAUUCCCAAAACGUUUGUAUAAGCAAGUUGGGGGGGAGUGAUAAUGGGCAAAGGUGCAACAAACAGUACGGUAACCGAAAUUUUAGCACUAGCGUCACGAGGUAGUUUACGGCAAUCAUACAGACGUUUGGUUAGCCAACAUCCAUAGUGCAUACUCCUAAGCUAGGAGCGGAUUGUUUGCAUGUAUCCUUUCUGUUUCUUCUUCGAAAAUGCCGGUACCUUUUGUCUGUAUUCUAAUCUCUCCACUUAGUGACUUCUACUUAAACAGAUGUGCAAAUUUUUCCAACUUGCUCCAGGGAAAACAAAGGGUUGCAAUCUUCUACAUUGUUCACUAUCAAAAUUUAAAAGUUUCCUUGAUAUGCUGAAAGGACGAAAGAUCUGGAAGUCUAGACAUUAAUACAUUUCCUCGUUUUCCCAACAACUUCCCCCCGGGCCAACGUUGUUGGCAGGUGCCGUGCUGCAACGGGACUGUACAUAGGUUGUUUUGUACAAAAGACGGAAAGUCUGUUUACAUACCGUAUGCAUGCACUGUAACAAACGCGCGUUUUUCCGUUUUCACUCUUCUCCUAGCAGUUGAACACGUUUUUUGUAAACUCGGCCGGACGCUGCUGUGUGCAGUAGUACCAAUGGGAUCACCCUGGGUGCAAUUAAAAGUAUGUGGUUUUCAA